AUGUCCUUUGCCGCGUCGUCGAAAGGGUGCGGGUGUCUGUGCGUUUCUUCUUUUACAACCAGGAGUACGAAUCGUCGUCCGCGAAAGGAUUCGAAUCGUCGACCGCACGACGAGAUGACGACGACGCCAAAGGGGUUGUUGUUCUUGGCCGCCCGCACAACGGCGCGUCAUCAUCAGACGACGACGACGUUAUGUUCGACCUCUGGACGGUCUUCUUCUUUUGGGGAACCCGCCAUGAGAACGUGGUGGUACGGGAAGAAGAGCAGCAUCAGAUCGGUGUUCACUCCUGCUGCUUUGAAUGGGCAGCAAGAACAACAACAACAACAACCGGUGAAACCGGUCCAGAUGCCACCGCGGUUGACGAAUAACGGAGUCGUGAAGAAUAACAACGGGGAGAAUUUACCGCCGUUUCAAUCGCAAAUGGCGACGACGACGCGACGGGAACAACAACAACAUCAACAACAAGAGCAACAACAGUUUCGCUCGAUACCGCCGCAGCCUUUACCGAAAACGAAUAAUAAUAACAACAGCAACGUGACCUCCUCAUCGUCGACGAGUAGUGUUUCUAAUACUACUCUUUCUGCUUCUUCUUCUGCGACGGGUGAGUCUCGAUUAGAAGGCAAGUUACUUCCGGACGACGUGGACGCGGCGUAUCAUCAAUUGCAACACUUGGGGCAAAAAUGGGCCGAUUUACACGCCGAGGCGGAGAUUCUCGAGGAAGCCAAGAAGUGUAUUUUAGCGACGAUUACGUUGUUUCACGUGGAUAACGGCGACGCGAAGUCAACCGCGGAAGUCAGAGCGCACGCGAGUAAAGAGUACCAAGACCACAUAAAAAAAAUGGUCGAAGCGAGACGGUUGGCGAACCAAGCGAAGAUUGAAUUGGAAAGCAUAAAGACGCAUUUGAACUUAGUGAGAACGUUUGAGAGUUCGCGACGGGAGGAGUUGAAGAUGCUUUAA